AUGGCUGCCAGUUCAGGAGUGGAAAGUUUGUCUUAUGUUUGUUUGUCAAAUAAGCCGCUUCGCUUUGAUCCAGUGAGCAGAGAGAAUAGCGUGUUCUUUGACGAAGCUAAUAAACAAGUUAGUCUUUACAAGAAUGUGUUUUUGAGCCAUUGAAGACUGUUUUAAAUUACCAAAUUAUUUACCGACAAUAAACGUAAUUUACAAAUAUAAUAUGUAUAUUUGCAGGUAUUUUCUGUUCGGCAAGUUGGACAGUAUACUAGAGUUGUUGUGAGAGGUCCUGACAAGAAAGUCUCGCGGUUUGAGUAAGUAAAUUAUAAUUAUUUUCUUAUUUAGAGAAUUUAUUAAUGAUUUAGAUAAUUAUUUUUUCAAUUUUUUGUACUGGAAAAUACCAUGAUGUUUAUUUGUUUAUAGGACCCAGACAUACAGAUUAAGAGCUUUACCAAGAAUAUGAUGUAUUUUUUUCAUUUAAAUGAACAUUUAUCAUAUAUAAUUUCAGCAUUCCUGAAAAAGGCCAUGUCGCGUCAAUUAAGUUCUCGCUGGACCAGAAGAUUCUCGCAGUUCAACGAACGGCCAAAGCUGUU